AUGGCGGCUGUUCGCUUCCUGCCUGGGCUGCUGCCAGCAUCGCGUGCUUUCUGUCGUAAAGCUCUCAAAAUACGGCCAAAAUCACACACAAAUACUUUUCAAAUUACAAAAGGCCAUAUGUGCGUAGUAUCGUCUAAGAAAGAAGUGAACGGAGUGGAAAUUUACCACGAUGUUGCCGGCCGAGGUGAUCAUGUUGUUUUGUGCAUGCCUGGAGCACUCGGUUCCACACAAAGUGACUUCGGCCCUCAGUUGAAGGGGCUCAGCGAUGAUUUUACAGUUGUAGCUUUUGAUCCUCGAGGAUACGGUAAAUCAAUACCGCCAAAACGUGACUUUCCUACUGACUUUUUUGCAAGGGAUGCAGACGAUGCAGCAGGGCUUAUGGAAACUCUUGGUAAGACGUGGACCACCCAAAUGGGGAAGUUCCACUUUUAUUCCGGACCCCCCAUAUGGAGGGUGGGGAAGGGACCGGAAUAAAAAUGUAAUGUCCCCAGGGAUAUACACAAAUAUGAGGAAUGAUUGCUGCAGAGCCCCAUACUUAAUUAUCAGUGACAGAUCCAGGGGCCCCCUGGGCCCCCCUUAUUUUUGGACCAAACUGAGGCCUGAACGACCGAAAAAACACCACACCCCCAUUCCUAUCUUAAGGUCUGGAUGCCCCCCCUUCUUAUCUGGAGGUCUGGAUCUGCCACUGAUUAUGCUUAUCUUUUUAACUCGGAGUCAAAAUCUAUCAUUGGAAGAUGUUAUGGGAGAGAGAAGUCUCAUGGGAGGUGUCCAUGGGAGGUUUCUGUUGGUGGAGCUUCAACUGUAAGUCUGGGAUCCUAGGGGGUGAGGGUAGCCAGGACAUUUUGGAGGAAUUGUCAUUUUUGUAGUUUUGUGUUGUUUGUAACGUUUCAUAUAAUGCUUGGGAAACAUAAUUUAUUUGCUUCAUAUGAAGCUCUGAUGUUGUCAUUCACAGGUAAUUUUUUAAGUUCCAUAGCGAAUAAGGACACAUAAUUUGCAUUAUAAAAAAUGAACCAGACAGCUGUGACACAGCCCAUUUAACCUAUGGUGCUUUAAUCACUUUGGGCUUUUUUGCAGACAACCUUUGAAAUAAUAAUCCUGCUAAAUGAAGAAAUCUGCAUUUCAAUGCAAAAUUAUCAGUUUCUCCACCAAUAAUUUUUGAAUUUUUGGUAUCUGACAGGUCAUACUAAAUACUCUCUUUUGGGUUGGAGUGACGGCGGAAUAACCGCUAUGGUACUUGCUGCUAAGUAUUCUGAUUGUAUUGAUCGUCUGGUGGUAUGGGGAGCCAAUGCUACUGUCACAGCACAAGACAUUGAGCUGUAUGAGAAAAUCAGAGACACAUCAAAAUGGAGUCAAAAAAUGAGAGAACCUUUAGAAGGUAAUAUAUUUUAUAAGUGACGUUUUUUUUUAUUGAUAAAAUAUCAAGCAAAUUCAUCUUGUGUGAUCACGUCCGUAAUUCUCAUCACCACUCUGUUUUGUAAAGCGUCGAUAUUACAAGGAGAAAUUUGAUGCUGAUCACUCUUAGGGCUGAAAGGGUUAAACCCCAAUAACCACAUACAAACUCUCCUGACUGAUCCCAUUCAUUUCCUUAAAGAAUUAAUUGAGAGAAUUUGUUUAAUGAUCAAUUGGUCAUGUUAUUAAUUCUCAUAACCUUUCCUUCUGGUUAUGCAUUGAUUUUGUUAGGAGAAAAUUGAUGUUGGUCGCGGGUGUGACUAAAGGUCAUGUGGCUUAAACCCCAGCCUUAAAAUUACUUCCUUUUCUUGCACCCACACCUGCCCCACCCAGGUAAACCAAGUAUCAAAAUAACUUAUUUGCUGACACUUUCCUUGACAACAUAAUAAAGUAAUUAUUUGUAAAUGUUUUUGGUCCUCUCAACCGUUAAUUGAGGAGAGCUGUUCUUCCCUUUCCUCCUGUAAUUGAUUCCAUCUUGCAGGAGUACUAAAGCAAUGUUCUUGAUUGCUCUGAUUCCAGAGUCAGUUAUAAGUAGAUUCCCCUCCAUGUCCUUCAGCCGCUCUACCUGGCCUGUAACCUGUUUACUUGCAUGUUUAUUUUAGCAUUAUAUGGCAAAGAAGGUCUUCAAGAGAUGCACAGUGCAUGGAUUGAUGGUAUAAGCCAAUACUAUAAUAACAGGGGAGGGGACAUUUGUGUAAGCGAGGCUAAGAGUAUUACUUGCCCCACCUUAGUGGUGCACGGCCAGAAAGAUCCCUUGGUUCCAGAUUUUCAUCCUGAGUUUUUACAUGCUAAUAUCAGAGGAUCCAAGCUUCAUCUAAUGCCUGAAGGAAGGCAUAAUAUCCACCUUCGCUAUGCUGAUGAAUUCAACUCACUUGUCAGGAACUUUUUGACAGGAAAAUUAGACUAAUAAACACAGAGGUUUGACUUUUUUAUCGGCAUUUUUCUAAACAAACACUGCAAACAGUUACUUGUAAAGCCUGUUAAAACUUCUGCAUCAGUCAAAGCAAAACGAACAGUGUUUUCCUAUAAUGUAGUAACGUUCCUAUAACUUUGCGUCGAGAUUAACAUGUGUUUGUCAAAACAGAGAGGCUUGUUUCAGUAGUAUGGUAUUAGCAACAUGAAAUUACCAAAAUUGAUCCAACGAGCUAACCUUCCUCUAGGGGGAGCCGCGAUUACCGCGAACUGAUCACAGUUUAGAUCACGUGACAUCGUAACAUGUUUUUGUUCAUAGCUUAUCAUUGGUGUCUGCAAGUAUUCCCAUUCAAGUCUUUGAAAGCGUUUGCGUUGCUUUGGCAAUUUUUUUGUAAUCCCUAUCACGUUAUAAGGAAUAUACUGCUACCUGUAAACUAGUACUCCGUUCAAGUACAAAAGAUUCCUCCGCGAGCAUUAAGUUGAGCC